GAGUGUCCAAACAAAGGGCAGCAGAAGGGACUCCACAAUGGGAGACAGUUUUCUUGAGCAGCUGAUAGAGGACAGCGCCUUCCUCAAAGCUGAGAGGAGACUGGACACAGAGCUGGUGGAUAAACUCAUCCUGCAGCUCAACAGAAUCUACCCACAAAUACUGUCAGACAAGGAGGCCACCAAGUUCAGAAACUUGGACGUGCCCGCUAGUGUUCGAGUGGGGGAGCUCCUGGCACACCUGCGGGGAAAAGGCGAGGAAGCAUGCAAGGAAUUUUACAGGGCUCUUCACCUGCAUGUAGAGGAGGUAUACUACAGCUUACCCACACGACUCCGCCUCAGAGAUUCCUUAGAUCCACUCGCAUAUCCACGUGUGUGCCAACAAAGACAUGUUAUGAACGACAGAGGUCCCCUCUUCUUUCUGGGCUGUUUCAGCGUUGCAGUUGGAAUGACUUUACUCUAUUACUACAGUGAAGCUAAACUGACCAGAGGCAGCCGGGCCCUCGGCAUGGCUGGUCUGGGUUUGAAAAAAAAAGCUCAGGAGGUUCUUAUAUGGUACACCGAAGAAAGACUCAUGAAGUAAGGCGAGACUCCCUCGCACCAGGUGCUUCAGCAAAACUUCUCUAAUGAAUAUUAUUUUUACCAAAGCACAACAUACUAUAUCUAUUCAGGGGCUCUAUACUAAUUUUGUACACAGUUGUAUAUAUUACUUUGUUUGUGAUCAGAAAAUUAGAAAGAUGGGGCAUAUUUGGAGCUACAUUUGGCACUUAGUGCUUGUAUUUCCUCUUAUGUUGUGCCUAUUUAAUUUGGGUUAAAGGGAUGAAUAAACUCAAAGGAUGAACAUAUUAAAAUUACAAACAAGGAGAUUGAACAAGUUGUUCUUACUACAAUCUUCAGAUGUGGAAAGCAGCUUUUACAAACCAGUUAAUCAAGAAAAACACUGACUGUCACAUCAGUGACAAAAUUAGGCAUUUUAAAUAACUCAGUAUUAACAGUUGGAGGUAAUUUGUAACGACAUAGGUUUAGCCUUUUUACAUCACAACAGGAUACUAGCUAGUUUAUCAGUAUAUAUUGCAGCCAUGAAACACUGUUUCUGUUCAGUGUGCUGAACCAUGUAUAUUAAUUUGGGUAAUGAAGAGGUACGUUUUGUUUUCCGUUUCAAUGUACAUCAAUUUGAAACAAUAAAUGACUGUCCACCAGCUGCACGCUAUAAGGCUGAGGUCAUAGUAGACCAGGGGCGCCAUCUUGUGGUCUAAACAGGAACUACACCACAAACAAAGUCUGGCUUGUGUUGGCGACUCAAAACUAAAAUUGAGCGGCUCAUAUUUUCACAUUAAAUACCUCUUAUCAGUUGAACUGACGCCAAUAAAAUCAGUCUGUGGUUGUAUGUUUAUGCCUUAGGUGAUAGUUCAUAGUGAGUUCCAAACCAAUGAUAUCCCUUUUUGCCGGCGCGGUGCAUUAUGGGUAGCGUUACGAGCAAACUAAAAUCAUACAAAUGUCGAAAUAAUGAUCGUAUUAAUGCCGCGAAUCAAUCUUUUUUUAUUUUACAGUACACAUACGGUAGCUUUGCUUUGUGGGUAUGGUAUUGAUUAAAGUGGGAGAGUUGCACCGCAAGUGAAACUGACAGUCGUAGUCGGGUGUAUAUAUAGUGACGCAGUGGUAGUAAGUUACUGUGUUGUAUGAAAGGAGAGAAGGUUAGCACUCCCCUUGACAAGGAUGGAAUUGGCCCUAGUGGCCUGCAACACAUAUACGGUUAAGGCACUGCCAUCUACUUCGUGGCAUCUCUAACCAAUUUUUUCCCUCCCAUCAUGGUAAUGUUAACUUUUACUGAACUGUAUCGUGCUAUAUUUACUUUACUUUACUCUAGACUCAUUGUUUUCACCAUGUCAUUAAAGACAGGAAGCUUGCCUGAAUAGUUUCAAGUGCCUUUGCUUACACUGGGCCAAGCAGGAUGAAAACUUUUCUAUUUCCUGUUGGUCUGUCGUGUUUGGCCUACUUCUGGAUGCAUGUUUCUGUUUAAUACAAGCAGUCAACUCAGUUCUAAACAAGAAGUACAUAUAACUCUUUAUAAAAUCCACCCCCAAUUAUUGAUAGAUUUAGUCUUCUAAGUUGUGUGGAUAUUUGUUUUGUUCUUAUUGUGCCUUUUUGCCAACUGUAUGUUGAUAAAAAAAAAUUCUGAUAACCCUAUUUCAAAUAUAAGUCAGGUGGUAAAUGAAUUUACCCCAGAAUGAAACAGGCGUAUAACAUUAACAUGGUUUUUUUCAGGCUGUUUAACAAUUUCACUAAAAUGUAUAACUUAGCCUCUGAUCAUAAGUUAUCAUAAUGGUGCUUUGUUAAACUGGUAUGGAGGUUUAUCUUCAGAACCACCUAAACAUAUUUUUACAGCGUGCAUGGCUUUGUUGUUGUUGCUUGUACUUAAGCUAACCUGACAGUUGGUUACAUUUUGUGUACUUGUGUAAAAUGCCUUGAAUUUUGAAGUGCCAUCAUUUGUAUAAUCAAAACAUUUUAUCUUUGGACAAUAAAGAGAUAUGCAUUAUAACAAUAA